AUGGAGGACGGCUAUCAGAACAAGACAGCCUUUAUAAAGGGCGCCAAAGACAUUGCCAAGGAGGUCAAGCGCCAGGCAGGCAAGAAAGUGGGCCGCGGUGUGGACAAGAUGACCGACGAGUACAGCAAACGCUCAUACGCCCGCUUUGAGGAAGACGACGACGAUGACUACCCUGGAGUGCCUGGGGGGCAGGACAGUGGCUACUACCGGGGCGACAGCCAGGCAGCCAAUGACGAUGAAGGUGGCCACAGCGACUCCACAGAGGGCCACGACGAAGACGACGAGAUCUACGAGGGCGAGUACCAGGGCAUUCCCCGCGCUGACUCGAGCAAGGCUGCCGACAGCCUAGCAGGGGGAGAUGGGCAGCAGUUCAGGGACAUGGCACAGUUUGAGGGGGAACGGCGGAAGGAUCAAGAAGAGCUAGCCCAGCAGUACGAGACCAUCCUGCAGGAGUGCGGCCAUGGAAAGUUCCAGUGGACCCUCUACUUUGUGCUGGGGCUGGCCCUCAUGGCGGACGGUGUAGAGAUUUUUGUGGUGGGCUUUGUGCUCCCCAGCGCCGAGAAAGAUAUGUGUCUGUCAGAGGAAAGCAAGGGCAUGUUGGGUCUGAUAGUUUAUCUGGGAAUGAUGGUCGGUGCAUUCGUGUGGGGUGGGCUCGCUGAUCGGAUAGGCCGACGGCAGUCCCUUCUCAUCUGUCUCUCCAUCAACAGCGUCUUCUCCUUCUUCUCCUCCUUUGUCCAGGGUUACAGCACCUUUCUCUUCUGCCGACUACUUUCUGGUGUUGGGAUCGGUGGUUCCAUCCCCAUUGUGUUCUCCUACUACUCAGAGUUUCUGGCCCAGGAGAAACGUGGGGAGCACCUCAGUUGGCUCUGCAUGUUCUGGAUGAUUGGUGGCAUCUAUGCCUCAGCUAUGGCAUGGGCCAUCAUCCCACACUAUGGCUGGAGUUUCCAGAUGGGGUCAGCGUACCAGUUCCACAGCUGGCGUGUGUUCGUCCUGGUGUGUGCAUUUCCCUCUGUUGCGGCUAUUGCUUCUCUCACCACCAUGCCAGAAAGCCCGCGCUUCUUCUUAGAGAACGGCAAACACGACGAAGGCUGGAUGAUUCUGAAACAAGUUCACGACACCAACAUGAGAGCAAAGGGACACCCAGAGAAGGUGUUUUCCGUCACCACCAUCAAGACUGUAAAGCAGAUGGACGAGCUGGUGGACAUGGGAGGAGACAUAUCAACUUUGCGAUGCUAUAAAUUGAAGCUGACCAGCCUAUUCCACCAGGUGCGGAGUAACUUCUUGGCCAUCUUCAAUCCAGAAUACAGAAGGACCACCUUCAUGAUGAUGGCUGUCUGGUUUACCAUGUCGUUCAGCUACUAUGGGCUGACAGUGUGGUUCCCUGACAUGAUCAAGUACAUCCAGAAGCAGGAAUAUGCCUCGCGCACCAAGUUCUUCACCAAGGAGCGAGUGGAGCAUGUGACUUUCAACUUCACCUUGGAGAACCAGGUGCACCACCAAGGACAGUACUUCAACGACAAGUUCAUCAACCUUAAGAUGAAGUCCAUGGUGUUUGAGGACUCAUUGUUUGAGGAGUGCUACUUUGAGGACAUCACCUCUAGCAGAAGCUUCUUCAGAAACUGCACGUUCAUCUCAACCCUCUUUUACAAUACAGACUUGUUCCAGAACAGAAUCAUCAACAGCAAACUGGUAAACAGCACCUUCCUCCACAACAAGGAAGGCUGUCUGCUGGACUUCACUGAUGACAACAACGCCUACAUGAUCUACUUUGUCAGCUUCCUGGGCACAUUGGCCGUGUUACCCGGCAACAUUGUCUCAGCCCUGCUGAUGGACAAAAUUGGACGUCUGAGGAUGUUGGCGGGAUCAAGUGUCAUAUCUUGUGUCAGCUGUUUCUUCCUGUCAUUCGGCAGUACCGAGUCGGGAAUGAUCGCCCUUUUAUGUCUCUUUGGCGGCAUCAGCAUAGCUUCCUGGAAUGCCCUGGAUGUGUUGACUGUAGAACUGUACCCCUCGGAUAAAAGGACCACUGCAUUUGGCUUCUUAAAUGCCCUUUGCAAGUUGGCUGCUGUCCUGGGCAUAAGCAUCUUCCAGUCCUUCGUAGGCAUCACCAAGGCUGUGCCCAUCUUGUUCGCUGCGGGAGCACUCGCUGCCGGCAGUUUCCUAGCACUAAAGCUGCCUGAAACACGGGGCCAGGUGCUGCAGUAG